CCACUUUCUCUCGAGAACGAGGUGUUGUCUUUCAACAUGAAUCAUUCAGAAAAAGCCCUCAUUGUCUCCCUGCAUCGUUUUCAUAAAUGCUUGUUUAGAUUUUGGUUCUCUAAAAAGUAGUUUUCCACUGACUAAGAUGACAUUUGGCUGAAAACUACGUGUCCAAUCAUCAAACCACAUCUUGUGCAAGACGAGUAUAGUAGCAACAUUUGUGCCUUAUUUCCAGCCUUUCUAAUGACACCUCGACUGGAAUGGUGUGUUUAUAGUGUUACUGAUUGAGGGCUUCCCUUAAAAUCUUGCCCAAACCUAAACAAAAUGUGUUUCUUCACUCAUCCACACCCAGUGGAAAAGAUUCAAUCCGAUGUUUACGGGAUUCUAUCAUAUUUAAAUUGGAAACAUUUUUGUUGCCUUUUUUUCUCUUGUAUAUGCUGAGUGUCAGACUGUCUUCAUGACUAAUGCAAUCUUAGCUGUUGAGUGAGACUUUGCAGCGUAUAACGAUCAAGUGCUACACCCUUAUUGUCUCUGACUUGAUUCAGCAAUUAACAGCUGUUGGGCUUUUAUAGCACGCUGGUUUGUGAAAACCUUACACAUCUGUGAACAAUAUGUAUAGACUAGAAAUGUUCCUGCCUCAUGUCAGGAAAUGUUUUGGUGCUGACAGUCCCUUUUCAAGGGCAGAAAAGCACGAUAUUCCCUGCUGUUAACUGAAGGGCAUUUUUUACAUAGGCUGUUCUGGCUACUAAUUGAGGUGUAUGUCAAACAAGGUAGUUGUAAUAAUUCUAAUGUUUUCUCGGGGAGAGGAUGUGGAUGAUUGUGCACCUGCCUACGUCUGCCGAAAUAUUCUCAACUUGAAGAAUGGCCCUAAUCCUCUCUUGAUUUGUGGCACAGUGUUAUCCAUCAGGGCAGCGCUGCAAGGGUUGAAGCUGAAGUGAAAAGGAGAGUUUGUCUUGGCUUCAGUUUAGACUUUACAUGAAAUCUUCUCUUUAGGUCACCGAGAUAACAACCGUAGAAUAUCCAUCAAUACACAUUUUUGGUAUGAGUCAAAGCUUGGGUAAAGAUUCCUUUGGUUUUUCCCUUUUUCUCUUUGUCGACACUGAAGGAAUUUUAAGUCCUAGAAAGUUAGCGCAGGACCACAUCUCUGCCUCUCUAGUGCAACUGUGCAAGGCAUGAUUUGUGUAUAAUUUGGCCCAAGGAAAUGAGAAUGACUCAUGGCAUUAGCACGAUGUUUGUUAGCAAAUAAUUUCUUUCCUGUUGUUAUCAAGCAAAUAGAUAGCUGCUUUAUUUCAACAUCUUUGGUUGCAGAUGCAUUUCUGAAACCAUCAGUUCUGUUUAGGCCAACACUGUACCUGUAGAUUUAUUUGACUGGUUUAUGCUCUUGAACAGCACCUGUAAGACUUUGUUUAGCUCCCUCGUCUUUCUCCCGUAUGCCUCAUUUCACUAGUAUCCAUGCUGGUUGGCCCUUGUUUAUAUGUGACUGACCCCACACACCUGACGCAUUUCCUCCACGGAUGGGGUAUUUAUUUAGAUUGCAGUCUGGAGUGCUUGAUAGCUUCCAAAAGCACAGCCAUCUGCUCCUCAUUUGCCUUUCAAGGCUCAGGGGCUAAAACACUGGGUUGUAUUGGAAGAGACGUGAACGUGAGAUUUUCAGCAACAGCACCCUUGGUUUUAUUUCAAGCCAAAUGUAGAUUGAAUCAUCAUGAAAUACCUCUGCUGUGAUAAUUCCAUUUAACUGGGUUUAAUGUUGUCUUAGCGCCACUUAAACCAAUUGUGAAGUUUCUUAAUUCCACCUAAAAGAUUGAAAGACACAGACCCCUCUGACUGCACUGAUCUGCCCAAUUGAGACUAUUAACAAUUGCCCACUUAAGAUGGCAGACUCUUGCGGCAGAAGGUAAAUGUAAGCCCUUGCUCAGGCCAAAGCAUCCUUUAGUGCUCCUGGAGCUAGAGCCAGGGAGAUUAUCAUGUCAGGAGUAAUCCGACUCGGCCCAGAAGCACAACUAUGGAGGAGGAGGAGCAACAGUUUAGGGGGGGAGGCAGGCAGAGGCAUCAGAGAAGCACUCUGCUCCGCUUUCGGUAACCACGCUCUCCCUCUUCACCCUAACCCAUCUUCUCAACUCACAGAGAUCACCUCCGUGGAUCUGAAGAGGGGACCUGCUGCUGGAAAGAGGACUCAGGUUUGUACAAAAAAAAGGGGGAGACCAGACAUUCUGUAUGGAGAAGCAUGAUGACAGAAGCUUUAUGAAGUGAACCAAAUCCAAGUCAGGGACAUUUCUAUACACACAACUCUCCUCUUUUUGAAUGGAUCGACCUGAGUGCCAUGAAGUGCCCACAUACAUUCAGAGGAAUGUUAAUCUUGAUCUUUGCAACCUAAAAGAGUUCUAUGGAAGUGCAAAUAUGAUGAAAGAAUAAUUCAGCCGGACCUGAAUCAAGUCAGGACACCUCCCCUACUUGCAGGCACAGGGAAUUAUGAUGAUUUUCAGCGGAACAAGCAGGAGUCCUCCCCUCGCACCUUGCCUGUGAUGAUGAUGAUGGACUUACCCAGCCAGCACUUGCCUGUGGAGGUCAGCUGAAGACGACGCCACACAGCUAAGUCUGGAUUAGCCGGCCGAACGAGUUUCAAUGCUCCUCCACGUUCUAAGAUGAAGUUAUGGAAAGGUGCUACUUUUGCCUUCGUGCUCUGUGGUGCAGCCCUGUCCAUCCUCCUCGUUAGAAACAUGGCCACUAUUGGACAAUUCAAAGCUAAGAUGAAAUAUCCUCACACAUCUUCAUCCUCAUCAAGACGGUCUUCAUCAUCAGAAUCAGCAUCCAAGGCCCCGCCACAAUCACCCUCAUCGCCGUCAGCAGAAUCAACAGUGUUGUCCCGGCAGAUGGGUGGUCUUCAUCGGAGAACGCGGUCAGCGGACGAGAUGAACUCUCUUCUCUCACAGUUUUCUGUGAUGUUUCAGAGCUUCACAGAGGGCGAGCUUCAGCACGUAGUUGGAACCUUGCUCGAGAGAAGGCGGAGGAGGAGCCAGCGUCUGGAUGGCAAACAGGCCCGAAGGACUAAGAGAGCCCGGAGGCAUAAGCCCUGCUCCUUGAGGGAGCUGGAGCUGACCGUGAGCGAACUAGGUCUGGGCUAUGACAGCGACGAGACGGUGCUGUUGCGCUACUGCAGCGGCAAAUGCACGGCCCAGCGGCACAACUACGACAUCACCAUGGCACACAUGAUGCAGACGGGCUUCAAGAAGAAGGGCCGCAAGGACAAGGUCAGCAACGGGCCCUGCUGCCGGCCGACCGCAUUCGAAAAGGACCUUUCCUUCCUGGACAACAAGAGUCGCUAUCACACGGUACAGAACGUGUCAGCGAAGAACUGUGGGUGUGUAUGACCCAGACAAAUGGACCCAUCACUUCUUCCUGCUGCUCUCAGCCUCUGUUGGAACAGUUGAACGUGGAUGCUGUUAAAAGACAAGCAAUGGAAUAUAAACUUCUGGAAAGAAGGAACAGAUUGGAACGUUUUUUAGGCUGCUUCCGGCGGCCUUUUUUUUUGUUUGUUGUUUUUCUUUUUUGUCAGGCAGACUUGACAAAUUAACAUCACAUGGACAGCAGUUGCUGCAUUUGUGAAUUCCAUGUAAAAACAAACAAACAAACAAACAAACAGAAAAUGACUGUUCAUAUCAAAAUGUUUUUAUUAUAUUUUCUAUCUGUGUAGUAACACUGUAAACUGUGGUGUAACAACAAUGUAGCAUCAUUAUGUUUGUGAUAUUACAUUUGAGUGGUAGUGCAAGGCGAUAGAUGAGCCAUGGUGGACUAGAUUAUUGCUGUUACUACACUUCAUAUCCAUGGUCACUAGCUUUAAUAAGUCCAAAUCGUGUAGUUUACAUGAUUAUAAUGGUGACAGUCAGUCACCUUUCAGGCAAAAACAAGUGCUCAGAAUUCAACUCCAAAACCACAAGUAAAAGAAAAAUGCAAAGUCAUGUAAAGCACCAAUGUUUACUUUAAGUUUUGUGCAGGACCAUUAAUCUAAAGUCUUGCAAUGAGCUGUCUCUUCAAAGUAUACCCACUUAAAGCUGAGUUGAUCACAUUUACUUGACUUUUGAUCUUUUUCCCUGCUUGUAUGCGUUACUGUUACUGACCGCAGUGUUAUUACACAGGUAACGAGGGACACGUGUUAUUGAUAAUAAUUUGACAAUGAAAGAAAAUCCUUUUAUAUAGCUUCAGGUUUGAUACCCAUCUUUAAUUAUUUUGUUUUGUAUAUUGAUGUUAUGUAGAUAAACAAUGAGGACCUGUUUCCAAACACAUAAAUACACUCUCACUUUAAGUAAAACAACAACAUGAACAUUUGUUCCAUCUGCUCUAGAAUAACUCAUCAAAUUAAAAGAAGUUACCAUUUUAUCUUUAUAUAUAUACAUAUAUAUAUUAUCCAAAUAACCCCAGAAUUGAAGAGACUCAUGAUCCUUUGGAAUUAUUUUGUUAAAAGAAUUGCCAAAACACACACAAGUCAAUUCAUUAACGUGGAUUCGUAAACACCUCACGUCUCAAGUUCCAGGUGAUGUGACCUCUUUGACAUCAUCUCUGGAUAUAAUUUGUAAAACGUUUACACUCAAAGGUUUUCACUAAUAUGAGGUGUGAAGGAGAUGGAUGCUUUUAUUGAUCAGUAAAGGGAUGUUUGUUUUUCACAGAAAACUAACUAUGACUUAGGCUCAGGAUCUGGAAAUGUGUUUGCACCCAUCCAUAAAACUCUGUUACUUACUAUGAUCCAAAGCCCAUAGCACAGCCGCCUUUUAUUGGCCCAUCAAAUGCCUCCUUGUUGUAUUGCCUGGUAGAGUUUUAGGGGAAACUAAGCUGUUGAAAUGAGUUAUGAAGCAUGACUUUCUUUAUUUGGUUUGAACCCAUCGCAACUUUUUUGCCUGAAGUACAAUAAAUUAUGUUGGGUUUUUGUUUUUUGUUUUUUUGUUUUUUUCCCUGAGGAGGUACAAUGUGGGGCAUGGAUGCGGUGCAUCUUUUAUUGUAGUUUAUAUUGUAUUUAUUUGGGAAGUAAAUUAUGUUUUUUUGCAUAUUUAUUUAGAUUACCACACAGAAACGGGACAGCUUAUUAUCACUAAGCAACUGUGCCAAAAAAUGUUUUAUCCAACAUUCUAUAAGGACUGCUGAAUAAACAUAACUUCAGAGGUA